GAGGUGCUUGGUCAGGAAACCAGAUGCAAACAAAGUUUUAGAAGACGAGAGUCAGUGAGAGAAAGUCAGACAUGAAGGCCACCUUCCCUCAAGCAGCCAGCCCCUCUCUGCAGCCCCCGGGCCCAGAGGACGAGGACCCCAGCCUGGAUGAAUAUGACCUCUACAGCAUGGCCCACUCGUGCCUGGGAGGCAGAGGCCGGAAAGGCCGCACCAAGAGAGAAGCUGCUGCCAACACGAACCGCCCCAACCCUGGUGGGCACGAGAGGAAGCUAGUGACCAAGCUCCAGAAUUCGGAGAGGAAAAAGCGAGGGGCACAGAGCUGAGACGGAACUGGAGAUGAGGCCAGACCACGGAUACCACACCCAGCAAUGAAGACAGGACCAUGGAGGAAUUAGGACCUGGGAGCAGGACCAAGGCCGGCUUGCUCUCCACCCCACCCCUGGGACUUACCCCACCUGACUGAGGCUCCAAGGGGCCACCAGUGAAGCACCUCCAGCCCCAGCAAAAGAGCAAGAUGGGGAGCAAGAGGCAGGGAAUGGAGAGGCAAGAGUCAGGAAGGUACCCACCAAAAAGAAAGACCCGGAAGAAACCGGAGCUCCCCCCGGGGUGGCAGCAACAAUAAACAGAAAGU